UUCUCUUUCAAGCAGCACGUUAGGAGUCCCGGGAGCUGCCAGUUCCCAUGGAUCUCCUUGGACCUGGGACCCUCUUCCUGGCCGUCUCUCUUGCCUGCCUCCUAGUGUUCUCCGCCUGGCAGCAAAGGCGCCGAAGGGGCAAGAUGCCCCCUGGACCAGUCCCCUUGCCCCUCAUUGGGAACCUGCUCUGGAUAGACCGAAACAAUCUGCCCAAUUCACUCAUCAAGCUGAGCGAGAAGUACGGUCCCGUCUUCUCCGUCCAGCUGGGCCCCAGGCGCAUCGUGGUGCUGUGCGGCUACGAGGCCGUGAAGGAGGCCCUGGUGGAUCAGGGGAACGCCUUCCGGGACCGUGGGCAGCAGGCCACCUUUGACUGGAUCUUCCAGGGCCACGGAGUUGCCUUCAGCAACGGGGAAAAGGGCCAGCAGCUGCGACGGUUCUCCAUCACCACGCUGCGGAAUUUCGGGCUGGGGAAGAGAUCCAUUGAGGAGCGGAUCCUGGAGGAAGCCCACUUCCUGCUGGAAGCGCUGAGGAGCACCAAAGGAGCCCCCUUUGACCCCACCUACAUCCUCAGCCGCUCGGUGUCCAACAUCAUCAGCUCCAUUGCCUUUGGCAACCGCUUUGACUACGAAGACCAGGAGUUCCUCUCUUUGCUGACCGCAAUCACAGAUGUCUUUCGCUUCACCGCCACAGCCCAGGGACAGCUCUUGGACAUCUUCUUUGGCAUCGUGAAACACCUGCCUGGCCCACAGCAAAAGGUUUGGAAGAAGCUUUUGGAGCUGAAGACAUUUGUUGCCCAGAAGGCAGAAGACCACCAGAGGACGCUGGAACCCAACUCCCCACGGGAUUUCAUUGACUGCUUCCUGGUGAAAAUGCUGCAGGAAGAAAAAAACCCUGAUUCGUUCUUCUCCAUGGAGGAACUGGUCGCAACCACACUUAAUAUCUUCUUUGGUGGUACAGAAACGGUCAGCACCACCUUGCGUUAUGGGUUCCUGAUCCUGCUUAAGUACCCAGAGGUGGAAGAGAAGAUCCACGAGGAGAUUGACCGCAUCAUCGGUCGGAAUCGGAUUCCCAGCAUGGAGGACCGGCUGCAGAUGCCUUACACGGAAGCUGUGAUUCAUGAGACACAGAGAUUUGUGGACAUGCUUCCCCUGGCGGUGCCACGUCGUGUCACUCAAGAUGUCCAGUUACGAGGGUACACAAUUCCCAAGGGAACAGAGGUAUUCCCCAUGCUGGGAACGGUGAUGAGAGACCCCAAACAUUUUGCAACACCUGAGAGGUUUCACCCCCAACACUUCCUGGAUGAGAAAGGGCAGUUCAAGAAGAACAAGGCCUUCAUGCCCUUCUGCACUGGAAAGCGCUACUGCUUUGGCGAACAACUGGCCCGCGCUGAGCUCUUCCUCUUCAUCACCAGCAUCCUGCAGAAUUUCUGCUUCAAAUCAUCUGUGCCCCCUGAAGACAUCGACAUCUCCCCCCUGUUAGUGGGGUUUGCCACCAUCCCACGGAUCUACGAGAUCUCUGUCAUCCCCCGCUGAGGGAGGGGCCCUCUUGAAAGCCUGCAAGGGUUUCUUUCCAGAUCACCCACCGCCCUGCCAAAUUCCUUGCUGGGGAGCUUCUGGGUGCAGGACCCCCACCCUCUAAACAAUGGCUCCCUUGCUGACAGCAGCACCUGCCUCUCCAUCUCCAGAGAGCCGGGCACCUCCGGGCACCCUGUCCCUGCAUUCUUUCCACCCUGCCUCACGGCUCCUGCUGCUUCCCACCCCCCAUCCAUCCCAGCCCUCCCCUCCAGCAUCUUGAGGCAGGCGUGCUUCAGACAGGUCCCUGCGCCCCAGCCUCCCCCGUUCUCACCAUCCCUGGGGGCACUCUGCAUCUCUUCCAAACAGCUAGAAACGUUCCCCUCCGUAGCCAGGACUAGAAGAUGGGGCUAAGCCCAUGACAGGCUCUGAGAUGAGAACAAGUCCCAUGGCGCACACAGGGCCUCCGCCAGGCCGGGCUGUCCAGAGGGGGGGACAGAGUGCAAUCAAAUGCAUUUGAAGGACAGCGGUCUGAGCAGGCUGAUCUCUGGGACAGGCCGAAGGGCCGGCAGGUAGUCUAGUUUAAUCAGGUCUCUCUCCUUUGGAAAGGGCCGACUCAGGCGGGCGUGUAUCUUGUUCAGCUUGUCAAAUCUCUUCCGUAUAUUGAGCUGCUGUCUAUAAGAAUAAACGUGUUUUGCAAACCUAAAA